AUGGCGACUCCUAGCAUCCUGACAGUUCGCUGGAAAGAAGCAUUUGGGGCUGAAGAACGUCCAACCCUGUAUUCUUCGACCGAGCCGCAAAAGAAGAACUUCGCCAGCUUGAACUCAUCCAAGAAUUUCAUCAAAGAUCUGGAAUCAUUGUCGCACCCUCAAUUGUACGCUCUAGCAGAAAAUUGUCAAUUGGCUCUAAACACAGCUCAGGAUGAGUACUUGCAUAUCGAGUGUCUUGUCAGACAUCUCGAGCAGAAAGACCCUCCACUCAAACCUAAUUUUCUCCUCGAGCCGGACCGUUACGAGGAAGAAAAGGAGGCUGCUCUCUAUGGCUACAAGCGCUUUCCUCGAGGCAUGCCAUAUACACGAACCAAAGACGGUGCUGAAUUCUACGGUUUCCAAGAACCAUUCUCCCAGGGCGGCUUCGUCCCUACAGAAGCUCAGUAUAAACGCAUGAAGGCCAAUGCCAAAGACCCAAACAACAUCGACGGCUGGACUCCAAUCGUACGAGAUGGCAAGAAGCUCAUUCCUCGAAUGCCACGAUCUCCGCCUCCGAGGCAAAAAGGCUUUACAGGUGCAUUGACUCGUCCAUCUCGGAAACGCCGUCUGGUCGAGCAAGGCCUCUCCGACACCGAUGCUACAGCCGCCUUCUCCGACUCGGAUGCCUUCGACACUCCCAGCAAACACCUAACCCGCGUUCUGGGCCGCAAGAUCCCACCAACACGAGACGCGUCAGAAACGCCCGGCUCCAACCGUCACUCGCCUGCUCCGUCCCGGCAACAUAGAUUCAUCAUGAACAACCUCACUCAAGCAUUGCUGUCCUCCUCCGCUUCGACUCGGCCCUCGGUCAACUCCACUCCACCUCCCCAUGAAACAUCACCUACACCAUCCCACAAACGUCGACGCAUCACUCACCAGAACAACGAACACCGCUUCACUACGGCCAUCAGCUCUCGCUCUUCUCCAGUGCCUCAUGAUCCAGAAGAGAAGAAAUGGACAGACGUCUCCCUUAUCUCCGCCAUAAACGCCGACCACUCAUUUCUACAUCCCGAUCCAGCAAUAGCACUAAAUUGGAAGCACGCAAUCCUAAAUGCACCCAAUCCGGUAAGGAGCUAUGCCAUGAAGCGGAAGUGGGCUUGGUGGAGGAAAGGUGGAAUGGACAAAAGACCGAGGAGGGGAUGGAGGGAAGGCACAGGAGAAGGUGAUGAAUCACAGGAGAAUGAGAUUCGAGACGGACCACGGACGAAAAUGGAAGAUGCCAAGGCGGCCGGGUUUGUGAAACAGGAGGAGGAAAAUGACUUUCGCAGCCAACACUAUGAAGAAGCUCCUGGACUACAAGGCAGACCGGCACCACCUCUUCGCUGGAAGCAGGAUGAUCCAUUCAACGAACCAUACGACACCAAGCAACCACCCACGAUGCAACCCCAGAGGGACCGACAGUUCACCUUCAAAAUCGACCAUCCGCCACCACCACCGUCACUGUUAUGGCGAACAGACGAACAGCGACGAGCAGAACCGACCAUCCACAAGAUCGAAAAGCUAUCUUCGCCGCCGCCAUUUCUGCAACGAGAUCCAAGUCUACCGACCAAUCGAAUUCCACUUCCACCUCCACCACCACCACCACUUCAGCACUAUGGCCAUGCUCCACCCAACUAG